CCGCCUGGGAUCGCGCAGUUGGGCCUGUCUAUCCCGAAGCCAGUACCCCCCGUGGCCAGCUACCUGCCGUGGAAGAAGGCUGGGGCCAUCGUGUACAUCUCGGGGCAGAUCCCCAAGGGGGAGGACAACUCUCUGCUGACGGGCAAGCUGGGGGCAGGCUACAGCAUCGACGAGGGCAAGGCCGCCGCCCGCCUGUGCGCCGUCAACCUCAUCGCCCAGAUGAAAUCGGCAUGCGACGGCGACCUCGGCAAGGUGAAGCAGAUCCUGCAGGUGCAGGGCUUCGUGAACUGCUCGCCGGACUUCACGGACCACCCCCAGGUGAUCAACGGCUGCUCGGACCUCCUCGUCGAGGUCUUCGGGAAGGAGGUCGGGUCCCACAGCCGCUUCGCGGUGGGCAACAGCUCGCUGCCGCUGGGCGUCGCGGUGGAGAUAGGCGCCGUCAUCGAGGUCGAGUGA